AUGUACAGUACUACUUUGAUUCAGGAGAACACUGAGCUCCAACGCAGUUUAUACCGCCCAGGUAAAAUCUCAGCUAACUGGCCUCCUCCAGAGAGGGAGGUUGGAAAACUGCAUGUCGAAAUUCGUCCUGUGAAGCCUGGAGAUGAUGCUGGAUGGAUCCAACAGGAGCAGAACGAGGUCAUCAGAUCUACUGGCUGGCAAAGAAAAUCGAAAAUCGAUCUCGUUUGGCCUCCUCCAGAAGGCGAAACCGCCCAAAGUCUAUAUCAAGGCCCUCAUCAUAUGCCAACCGUACAAUGGCCACCAGCUGAAAGUGAGGAGCAUUCUCAACAGCAAGUGGAGGUCCUACAGAAGCAUAUUCCGGCCAGGAAAAUGGAGUAUCAGUGGCCACCUCCACCUCCCGUCUAUCAGGGUGAUUCUGCAACGAAUGGCUUCAGUGCGUAG